CGAGCAGACCCAGCACAACCGCGCAGACAACCAACCAUGAGAUACCUGAUAGUCCUCGCAGUAGCGUCGCUGGCGGCGGGCGCGCGGCUCGACCAAGACAUUUACCUACCGCCCGGCGCGCACUCCGCGGGCGGCUCGGUCGGCCUGCAGGCGCCACACGCCGCGCCACACGCCGCGCAACAUGACGCCGUGCAGAUACUCAGAUACGAGAACGAGAUCAACGAGCAGGGAUACCACUACGCGUACGAGACUAGUGACGGCACCAAGGCCGAACAGAACGGACAAGUGAUCCCGGGUGCGCAGCCCGAGGAGGGCUCGCUGAAGGUGGCGGGGUCGUACUCCUACGUGGGGCAAGACGGGCAGACCUACUCCGUCACCUACACCGCCGAUGAGGGCGGGUUCCACGCAGACGGCGCGCACCUCCCCACCGCGCCGCCCAUCCCCGAGGAGAUCCUCAAGAGCCUGCAGCUCACCGACACCAAACACGAUCAAUACAGUAGCCAAAAGAGCAGCUACGACGCUGACGCGGGAUACUAAGCAUGCGUGGUGAUCGAACAAGGGGGACGAGAAGGGAGAGGGGGCGGCGUACUCAAGCGCACGCACUCACGCUCAUAUGUAUAUUAUUUUUGUGUUCGACGCGUGCGUUUGAGUGCGCGACCGGCGCGAAGGGCGGCCACAUGUGUUCACUGUUAGUAGCCGCUACUGUUAACUAAUGUAAUAAACUUGUAAAUACCCACCAAA